CGGGGCGGGGCUUAAAUGUGGGCGGGGCUUCCUCGAGUUCCGGAGUCGAGUCGCUGUCUGGGCCGGAGCGGAGAUGCAGCCGCCGCCCCGAAAAGUGAAGCCGGCCCAGGAGGUGAAGCUUCGCUUCCUGGAGCAGCUGAGCAUUCUUCAGACCCGGCAGCAGAGGGAGGCAGAUCUGCUGGAGGAUAUCAGAUCCUACAGCAAGCAGAGGGCAGCCAUUGAGCGGGAGUAUGGGCAGGCACUCCAGAAACUGGCUGGGCCAUUCCUGAAGAGGGAAGGACACCGGAGCGGGGAAAUGGACAGUAGACCUUCUCUGGGGAGAGGCAGGAUGGUGUUUGGUGCCUGGAGAUGCCUGCUGGAUGCUACCAUGGCUGGGGGCCAAGCCCGGCUCCAGGCGUCUGACCGCUACCGGGACCUGGCAGGGGGCACGGGGCGGAGUGCCAAGGAGCAGGUGCUUAGGAAGGGAGCAGAGAACCUCCAGAGGGCUCAGGCUGAGGUGCUGCAGUCUGUCCGGGAGCUAAGCCGAAGUCGGAAGCUGUAUGGGCAGCGGGAACGCGUGUGGACCUUGGCACAGGAGAAGGCGGCUGAUGUCCAGGCCAGGCUGAACCGAAGUGACCAUGGCCUCUUUCACACUCGGACCAGUCUCCAGAAACUCAGCACCAAGCUGUCUGCCCAGUCGGCCCAGUACUCCCAGCAGCUGAGAGCAGCCCGAAAUGAGUACCUGCUCAACUUGGUGGCCACCAAUGCCCACCUGGACCACUACUACCAGGAAGAACUGCCAGCCCUGCUCAAGGCCCUGGUCAGUGAGCUGUUGGAGCACUUGAGGGACCCUCUGACCUCACUGAGCCGCACUGAGCUGGAAGCUGCAGAGAUGGCCCUGGAGCAUGCGCGCCGCGGGGGGCAGGCAACCUCCCAGGUAAGCUGGGAGCAGGAUCUGGAGCUCUUUCUUCGGGAGCCCGGAGUAUUUUCCCCCACCCCACCUCAGCAGUUUCAGCCAGCAGGGAAUGAUCAGGUGUGUGUCCUGGAGCUGGAGGGAGGCGCAGGCGGCGUGGCUGGGGAGAGUGGCCUGGAGAAAGAAGUUCAACGCUGGACAAGCCGCGCUGCCCGAGACUACAAGAUCCAGAACCACGGGCAUCGGGUGCUGCAGCGGCUGGAGCAGAGGCGGCAGCAGGCUCCGGAGCGAGAAGCUCCCGGCAUUGAAGAGCGGCUGCAGGAAGUGAGGGAGAGCAUCCGGCGGGCACAGGUGAGCCAGGUGAAGGGGGCUGCCCGGCUGGCCCUGCUGCAGGGGGCUGGCCUGGAUGUGCAGCACUGGCUGAAGCCAGCCAUGACCCAGGCCCAGGACGAGGUGGAGCAGGAGCGACGGCUCAGCGAGGCCCGGCUGUCCCAGAGGGACCUCUCUCCCACGGCUGAGGAUGCUGAGCUCUCUGACUUUGAGGAAUGUGAGGAGACUGGGGAGCUCUUUGAGGAGCCUGCCCCACAAGCCUUGGCCACCAGGCCCCUCCCCUGCCCUGUGCAUGUGGUGUUUGGCUAUCAGGCAGGACGUGAGGAUGAGCUGACCAUCACAGAGGGCGAGUGGCUAGAGGUCAUAGAGGAGGGAGACGCCGAUGAAUGGGUCAAGGCUCGGAACCAGCACGGUGAGGUAGGCUUUGUCCCUGAGCGGUAUCUCAACUUCCCGGACCUCUCCUUCCCCGAGAGUGGCCAUGACAGCGACAAUCCCUUGGGGACAGAGCCCACAGCGUUCCUGGCCCGUGCCCUGUACAGCUACACAGGACAGAGUGCAGAGGAGCUGAGCUUCCCCGAGGGGGCGCUCAUCCGCCUGCUGCCCCGGGCCCAGGAUGGAGUGGAUGAUGGCUUCUGGAGGGGAGAAUUUGGGGGCCAUGUUGGGGUCUUCCCCUCCCUGCUGGUGGAGGAGCUGCUUGGCCCCCCAGGCCCAUCUGAACUCUCAGACCCUGAACAGGUUUACCUCCUGCAGUGGCUUGGGCCUCCCCAUCUCCUUUGGUGCAGAGAAAAGGGAAAUCAAGGCAGUCUUCAUGCUGCCAUCCCCUUCUCCUCCCAGCUUCUCCCCUCCUGCACCCACCUCUGCCUUGGAUGGUUCCCCUGUACCUGUCCUGCCCAGGGAUCAAGACCUGGACUGCCCUGGACCCUUGGACAUGAUGGCACCUAGACUCAGGCCGAUGCGUCCACCACCUCCCCCACCGGCUAAAGCCCCGGAUCCUGGCCACCCAGAUCCCCUCACCUGAAGCCAGGGGGAGUCACUGUCCCCCAGUGAUGCUGCUGCCCCCAUCUCCGUGCUAUCAGAGACCUCCCCCUCCCAAUGAUCUGGAGCGACACGGCCAAAAGCUGGAAUCUCCCCCAUUUCCAUUCUCACCUUCAGGGGUAGAAAUUUCCCCUACCCCCAUUUCUGGGGCUGGAACCCACUCCUUUUUUCCCAUCAUCCUCCUGCCAUCUCUAGGGCUGGAACUACCCUCCUUUCUCUUCUGCUACCACCCCAUCUCUAGAGUGGUGGAAUCUCUUGAAAUCUCUGGGGCUGGAAUUCGUCCUCCAAAGUCUUGAGUGGCUCUGGCUCAUCUGUGUCUCCACCCUGGUUCUGUGAACCACCCCUAGUCCAGAUGCCAGAGCCACUGGGGUUGGGGGUAGGGACAUGGUCAGGCCUGUCAGAAGGAGCUGAAGCCAGUAUGCCAAGCAGUUGUAAUGGUCUGAGCGGAUUUAUUGACAGUGAAUAAAGGGCACGAAGCCCAA